UUGCGGUUUACUUGGCUCAAACCUAACUGCGAUGAGGGCGUUGCUCCCAUUGACGGCUACGAGUACUUGGUAAAUCGGCAACCUCCUCCUGCAUCAUAUGUAGGUGGCACAGCGGUUGCCAUACCUGAUCUUCGACCAUCUACCAAAUACGCAUUCCGCGUUAGGUCAAGAAAUGCUAAUGGACAUUCUCCGUGGAGCGAGACCAUCCAUGUCGCUACCGAAGCCGAAGGAGCAGCAUUGACUGGUACGUUAGGGAUUUAUUCAGAAAAGCUCACUUCUAAUCUAGGGUUACGGUGGAUGACAUCUGCUUCAGAUGGAAAUAACUUCUAUAAAGUCCGUGUUGUACUGUCGCCACCGAAGGUGUACCUUGUUUGGACGCCAUUAUUUGAGCACAUUAACCGCGUCGCGUAUUUCAAGUACGUGAAUUUGCGUUUCUCACCAUGGUCGAGGGUGGUCGGACCUCCGAGCCAAUUCCGCUGCCCCGGAGAUGUCGGCGCUGAUGCUUUCGAUUUUUGUUUUCCGCUGGAGCAUCUCUUCUUUGGCGUACACUACCUCAGCAGAGUCUCCUAUAAUCUAACCAAUGGAGACGUUGUGGACGGAGGAAGCACACUUCACUUUUCACUCUUGCAAUUAGAAGGAGUACAACAACACCCCCGUUACCAAAUUACUAUCACACAACCCCGAAUCGAACAGCAAGGACAUCGCAAUGAUGCUUACUGGUCCACCACUGGAGAUACUUCUCAAUUGCUUGGCUACCAGGUUGACAUCCGACGCGAUGGUGAUCGUGAUUGGCACGAGCAUGGAUCUCUGAUCCGCUCAGAACCAUCUCAGGUUCAUUUCCGCCAGUCACUUGGCACUGUGCCAGUGGCUACUUACUAUCUGAGAGUUAGAGCAGUGGACGGUAGCAUGAGUACGGUAGCUACAUCACCGAGCACCAGUUUCUCGGUUUCUUGUCAGGGUGAGCGAAGUAACACCACCAAAAAAUCAAAACAGAAAGUUGAAGAAAAUUUUGGAAGAAAGCAAGCACAUUUUCUGGCAGUCUGCGAUUUUUUUGUCUGA